UGUGGGCAAACAGUAAUCCUCAACACAAUAAGCUCGUCGUCUCCACAUGCCCCUGCUACUUCUACCCAGUCGCGUCACUUUAGUUUUUACUCUUCCCUCUCUCUCUAUCAUUUUGCCGGGAUUUCAUCAAUUUCAAUACCACUUCCGCCACCAUCGCCGGUUUUCAGGCGAAUUGCCCCCGUGAUCCGGUCCGAGGACAUAAACCCGACCCGAUUAUGCAUAGAUCUGAUCCGCUAUCUAAUUUCCGAGCUAACGAUACCUGAAAAAUUCUCUCUUCUCUCCCAAACGGUGUCGUUUCCGCUCCGAUUCUCUCUUCUUCUGAUUUGCGAAACUACGGUGUCGUUUCGCCAACUCCGUGCAGCAGGGGAUUUGUGAGGUUUUUAGAGAGAAAAAGAAGAAGGAGAGAGAGGGGGGGGAGAGGAAGAGGGGAUGACGUCGGGAACUCGGCUUCCGACAUGGAAGGAGAGAGAGAACAACAAGAAGCGAGAGAGGCGACGGAGGGCCAUAGCGGCGAAGAUCUUCGCCGGUCUGAGAAUGUACGGGAACUACAAGCUCCCGAAACACUGCGACAACAAUGAGGUCCUCAAAGCCCUCUGCAAUGAGGCCGGAUGGACUGUCGAACCCGAUGGAACCACUUAUCGGAAGGGAUGCAAGCCUGCUGAAUGCAUGGAAGUGGCGGGUGGAUCUGCAGCAGCGAGCCCAUGUUCAUCGUACCACCCAAGUCCCUGUGCCUCCUAUAAUCCAAGUCCUGGCUCCUCUUCCUUCCCUAGCCCAGCAUCAUCUUCCUAUGUUGCUAACCCAAAUGGUGAUGGUAGUUCCCUUAUCCCAUGGCUAAAAAAUCUCUCCUCGGCAUCUUCAUCCGCCUCCUCUUCAAAACUGCCUCAUCUCUAUAUUCACAGUGGUUCCAUCAGUGCUCCUGUUACACCCCCAUUGAGCUCCCCAACUGCCCGAACACCAAGAAUCAAAACUGAUUGGGAUGAAAAUUCUACCCGCCCACUCUGGGGUGGGCAGCACUGCUCCUUCCUGCCAUCAUCUACUCCACCAAGUCCCGGUCGUCAAGUUGUUGAUCCAGAAUGGUUUGCUGGUAUCCGGCUUCCCCAGACAGGGCCAACUUCUCCAACAUUCAGCCUUGUUUCUGCAAACCCAUUUGGUUUCAAGGAUGAGGUUAUGGCUGGGGGUGGAUCCCGCAUGUGGACUCCUGGGCAAAGCGGGACAUGCUCUCCUGCCAUUGCUGCAGGCUCCGAUCACACUGCUGAUAUUCCAAUGGCUGAGGUGAUAUCCGAUGAAUUUGCAUUUGGAAGCCAUGCAACCGGGUUGGUUAAGCCUUGGGAGGGCGAGAGGAUCCACGAAGAGUGUGGAUCAGAUGAUCUGGAGCUCACUCUUGGUAGCUCAAGAACCAGAUGAGUUGGUAUAAAAAUUGGAUUAUCUGCAUUAAUUGAUUUAGUUGCAACUUAGUUUAAUCAUGUUGAAUUGCAGGUAAAAGAAUUGUACAAGUAGAAAGAUCAGCUGGUGUUAUAUAAACUCUCACUCCUUGUUUGUGCUGUUUAACGCAGAGAGUAACGAAGAUGUCAAGGUGAGCACAAACGGUUGGGCCCUUUUUCCAUUUUUUUUUUUUAUCCCUCUCUUUUUGCUAUUUAAUUUUUAUUUGUUCCUGAUUUAUAUAUAUAAUUAGUUGAAGGUGUGGGGUGGUUUUACAACCCUUUUGUCAUUGUCUAUUUGAACCUAAAUUUUAAUGGAAAGGACUCUCAUACAUGUAUGGAUUGAUUGCCUUUCAUUUUUGUUUGCCAUUGCAAGUAACAAUCAGUGAGCCAAGAGAACAGAGAGUGUAACUUCGUAGCAAAAAAAAAA